AUGGAUAACCAAGACAAGCAACACAAGAGAGGGUUCAUGUACAUUUACAAAGGUGGCAUAGGGAACCUCAGAAAGAAAGAGUUUGAGCAUGGUGUGGGGCAGGACAAGAAAUCCAAUUCACGCAGUUGGUUGCACAAGAUUUCGAGAACUCGAGCUUUUCAUGGCGGUAAUGGAAACAGAGACGUAGACAUUGGAGGUAGAGGAAAAGAAUUUGUGGAGGCGAGGAAAUCAACGUCUUGCAUAGAGUUAGGAUCACCUGCGGGAGGAUUUGUUGAGGGGAGAAAAUCGGUGUCUUUUAUAGAGGCAGCGGCAUCACCAGCAUCAAGAGGGAGCGCAGGUGAGGAGGGAAGAAAGUCAGUGUCCCACACCGAGAAACACUUUGCAGUGGCAGGAAUGGUUGAGGCACGAAAGUCGGUGUCCCAAAUCGAAACAUUAUCCUCUGUGGCUGCAUAUCUUCAAGUUAAAAUUUUGGUCUCGGACAUGCCGUGCUUCAUGCAAGUGCAUGCGUUUCGUUGUGCAAGAAGAACAUACGAUAGCUUGGAGAAGUUCAGCGCAAAACAUAUAGCUCAUAACGUAAAGAAGGAAUUUGACAAAUCGUAUGGUCCUGUCUGGCAUUGCAUUGUAGGCUCAAAUUUUGGUUCAUUCGUCACACAUUCAACUGGGUGUUUUCUUUAUUUUUCAAUGGAAAAUUUAUAUAUUCUACUGUUCAAGACCAAAGUUAAGAAGGCGUUGGAUUAA